AUGAACACUGUAUCUGAUGCUAUUCUGAACCAAACUGAAUCCGAUGCUGAUCCAAUCGAGAUUAAAUCAGAUGCAUUUGCUGUCAAGUUACAACGAUCUAACCCUUCCAAUAUGACAUCACAGUUGAAAGCGGCAACCGGUGGUGGGAAUUUCAAGCUACCCAUGGGGGAACUCUUCGGUGAUGCUGAGGAGCCUGUUGCAACACAAUUGACUUCAUUCGAAGGUAAUCCUUACAAUUUUGAUUCGAAGACCGCUUCAUCAAUAAGUGGACCUACGAUAGCAUUAUCGCUGAAAAGGAAUGACGGAGAAGAGAUGCAAGUUUCUGGUUUAAAUGAAGGUAUAGUAAUCUCAAUGCCAAGCUCAUUAAGCGAAGUACCGGAACCUACCUUUGUUACAAUCAAUGAAGAAAACGCAACAGAUAUCUUUUAUUUCAAAGUCAGAGUCAAUUACCCAAACACUGCUAUUCGAAUCGAUGUGACUCUACUUCCAGAGGGUGACUCAAACUUCACCUACACUGUAUUCAAUGUAUCGCUCUAUUAUGAAAAUAUAACCAAUAAUUUGACCUUUGACAUCGAAUAUAUUACCAACACUACUUUCUUUGUGCCUGAUCAAGAGAUUAUUUUACCUGGGGAAUAUCUCAUAGCAAUCAAUGAAUGUGGACCAGACUUUGCUAAUUUUACGAUUGAUAUCUUGACAUUCACCUGUCGUUACUGGGACGAGGAAGAAAUGAAUUGGUCAUCAGAGGGCUGCUCUGUGUUGGAUUCAUCAGAUUGGACCGGUGUUGUGUGUAGCUGUUCACAUCUGAGUACGUUUGGUAGUGGGUUUAAGAUGAUACCACCCAACCCUAUUGAUUUUAGCACUGUGUUCAGCAAAUUUAAAGAUCUAAACGAGAAUGCAAGUGUAUUCUCCGCAGUGUUUGUCAUAUUUGGCAUCUAUUUGAUUGUUAUUAUCUGGGCAAGAAGAGCUGACAAGAAAGAUGAUAACCAGGGAGUGAUGCCAUUGACUGACAAUAAUGAACACGAUGAAUUUUUAUACAAAAUAGAAGUGUUCACAGACGUCCGUAAAGAAGCCCAUACAAAAUCGAAUGUGUUUAUUACUGUAAUUGGGGAUAAUAGUCGUACGUGUGAAAGGCAAUUGAAAUACGAUGGAAUGAGGGGUUUCAGAAGAGGUGGCAUUGUGCGAUUUGUGAUGGCUGCAUCUGAGUCUUUGGGCACUAUUCAAGGAAUUAAAAUAUGGCAUGAUAACACUGGUAAACAGAAGAGUGCAUCCUGGUGUCUGGGAAAGAUGAAAAUCGAAGAUGUACAAACAAAUGAUUUGUACUUCUUCACCUGUAAUAGAUGGCUUGCUGUUGACAAAGAUGACGGUAAAAUAGAACGCUUUCUCAAGGCGUCUGAUACUGAAACUCUUGGCAGUGCUAGAGGGGCUUUUGUCAGCAAAGCCAAUCAAGAUCUACUUGAUGGCCAUCUGUGGUUCUCUGUUAUCGGGCGACCAGCUAGCAGUCAUUUCACGCGAGUUCAGAGAGCGUCUUGUUGUCUCUCUCUGCUUUACACCUCCAUGAUUGCCAAUGCUAUGUUUUAUAAAACAGAAGAAACCAAUGAAAAUGAUUUUGUUAUUCAUUUGGGUCCUCUUUCCAUCAGUUGGCAUCAGCUGUAUGUUGGUUUCAUGAGUAGCAUGGUUGUGUUUCCUGUAAACUUAGCCAUUGUACAACUAUUCAGAAAAAGCCGACCUACGAAUGUAAAAUUCGAUUUCAAGCGGAAGAAGAAAAACAAGAAGAAGAGAAAAAAUAAAAAUAAAGUGACAAAUAUUACAACUAACAAGACGACUAAGUUAGAUCAUCUGAAUCAUAAUGGAAGUGAACCUGAAUGGGACCCUGGUGUGGCAAAAGAUGAAGGGAACAAUGGUAAUUAUCUGCAGUUGGCAGGUACCAUCAACACGAUCAACAACAAGGAACAACAGGACAGCCUUAGUAAAGCACUUGAUCCAUUGAAAUGGGGGAAGACGGAGAACACAGAUACACAUAUAAUGGAUGGAAUACCAACUCAAGUAGAUCAUGGAUCUGCUUCUUCUGCUGAUGAUUUACGAGCCCUGCUUGAUGGCACACCAGAUUCAGCCGUUGAUGAGGAGGAGCAUCAAUUAGAUGACAAGAAGGAUAAAAAGAAAAAUAAGGACGAAGAGGAAUUCUGGUUACCACAUUGGUGCUUAUACAUCGGAUGGUUACUGGUGUUCCUGUCUUCAUCUGGUUCCGCUUUCUUUACGAUUCUGUACAGUUUAGAGUGGGGACACAAGAAAGCCUCAUCGUGGUUGGUGUCGUUAUUGGUCUCGUUUUUACAGGAUGUUAUUUUCAUGCAACCAAUUAAGGUUAUCAUUUUAGCUAUUAUUAUCACAGUAAUUAUGAAAAUGAUCAGAAAAAGGAAAGGAGAAGAUAACAACGCUGAUGAGUAUCUACAAGACACAGAGAAUGAAGAUGGCUUUAAUGUUAACGACAAGGAUCUGAUGAAAGCCAAGGAACUGAAGAAGCGUGAGGAGACGAUGUGGUCAUUCUUCAAAGAGAUCUUUGUUUAUUGCAUAUUUGUCAUAACAGUGCUAUUAAUUGCAUACGGACAGAGAGAUCUCAGAUCAUUCUAUAUGCAUAAGAGUGUCAAGGAUAUAUUUAUAGAUAAUGGUCAGUUUGCAUCGCUGUCAUCAGGAAUUGCUGAUUUCUACAUCUGGGUUGACGAAGUCCUCCUUCCCGGACUUUAUCCAACGGAAGCUUAUAAUGGUGAAAAAUUUGUCAACAUUAAUAAGAAUUUAAAGAAGUUUAUUGAUGAUGGUGGUCUUUCCUACAGAAUAGGACCUCCGAGGUUUAGACAACUCCGAGUUAAACCAGAUGCAUGUACUCCACCAAAAGAAACAUCAUUUCUAUUCCAUGAAUGCAAUGGGGGCUAUAUGAUGACGGAGCAGGAUGAAGCAGAUUAUGGAUAUAAGUGGUCAGAACAUAAUCCCAAUGAUACAUCUAGAAGAAGAUUUCGGGAUCAAGUGUGGAAGUAUAAUACCAUGACUGAAUUGGAAGGCGUUCCAUUAUACGGAAUUGAAAACCUUUACAGUGGUGGUGGAUAUGUUGCUGUCUUGGGUAAUACUUUAUGGGAUGCAACUAACAGAGUAAAGUAUUUAUUUGAUAAUAGAUGGUUAGAUGAACGUACUCGAGGAUUGUUUGUAGAGUUUACACUCUACAACCCACAUGUCAACCUUUUUAGAUGGUUAGAUGAACGUACUCGAGGAUUGUUUGUAGAGUUUACACUCUACAACCCACAUGUCAACCUUUUUAGUAUGUUCACGCUUCUUUUGGAAUACCCAACCACUGGAGGGGCUCUGAUCUACGCAAAAAUCGACGUACUCCGUCUCUAUAACUACGUAGGCAGCAUGACUGUAGUGGUGGCUGCAUGUGAGGUACUAUUCAUCAUUAUGUUAAUUUAUUAUAUGGUUAAAGCUCUAAUGGAUAUCAGAAAACAGAAGAAGAAGUAUUUUGUGAAAUUCUGGAACUUGAUUGAGGUAUUCAAGAUUAGUAUGUGUAUACUGGCUUUAUCGAUGAGAGGUUACAAAGCACUAUUUUUUGAUCUAGCAUUGGAAGAACUGUCCGCUGAUGAUGGUGCUACAACUUUCAUCAAUUUACAACAAAUGGCUGCAUAUGACGAAGCGUAUGGUUACGUAAUUGCUUCGAUUGUCUUCUUUGGAACUCUUCAGUUUAUCAAUUUAAUGAGGUUCAACGCACGUAUGGCUCUACUAUCAACAACAUUGAAGGGUGCGGUCAAAGUGUUAGCCAAUUACGCUAUCAUUUUUUAUAUCGUGUUUUUCGCCUACGGCCAGCUCCUCUUCCUGACAGUCGGGCGGGUUCUUGAAUCUUAUCAUACGUUCUUCACGACUAUCAAGACUCUCUACCUCAUGUGGCUCGGUCAUUUCGAUUACGCCGCGUUGGAGUUUGCGAAUCCAAUACUUGCGCCAUUGGUGUUCUUCACGUUAAUGUUGUUCGUGUACGCAAUCUUAACAACGUUGUUCGUCACAGUCAUCGUAUGGCAAUACGAAUGGGCCAAGGAACUGACUGAUCAACAGAGCAAUGACAUUGUGGACUUUAUGUACUGGAAGUUUAUGACAUUGGUUGGAAUGAAUAAACAUGCCAAGAAGUAUGAUCCAUGGAUUGAGAAGGAAGAAGAUAACGAUGACGUAGAAGAAGAAUGUGACGGCACAAAGGAGAAGGAAAAUGAAACCAAAGAUGAAAAACCAAAGGAAACAACACAGUUGGCACCAAAGCCUAAAACUCGUCGCCGCAGACGUCUUUAUAGACGCAAGGAGUUGCAUGUUGCUUUCAAACUGCCGGCUGACACAGAUCUAGACAAUGGAGGUGUUAAUAAGUAUGGGUACGGAGAAUUAGACGCCUUACAGGGGAGACUGGACUACAUAUUUGAUAAGCUGCAAGGUGAGGACUCCGAUGACGUCAAGAAAACCAAUAUGGGUCUACAAAUCGCUAUGAUGCAGUUUGGUGACAAGCAACCCCGAAAUCGGCGACCACCCCCAGCACGUAGUAGCAGACAAAGACAGUUCAACCCACGUGCUGAGAGCAAGAUAUAA